GAUUUUCGUGCGACAUCGCACCGAAAUCCACCCAUGCUUAGUCAUCCGCCGUAAAGCGCCACAACCCCUACCCGUCUGAGAAAACUUUUCACGUGUGCGUCAUGACGCAAUGAGAUGACGCAGACCAUUCGAAUUUCAGUGAUCCUUUCCAGGCGAAACGGGCUAAUCCAGUGCUGCCUCCCUUCAGCGCAUCAGCCGGAAAGACAUGUCUUGCUCCUUUUUGCUGCUGUGCCAUUUUCGCGGGGCAGGCGAGGUGUGUGCGGGCAAUCCAUUGACUGUAAGCCAGCACCAUCCUAGCUGCUGCUGCUGACCCAUGGCCUUGGCUAGUCCACGUUGCCACUUCAGUGAACUUUCCAUCUUCGGCAUUGGACAGGCAGGAAACGCAAGCGACAGCUGAGCUCUAAAUACCGUGCUUCGCGCUUGUGCCGCGUGACUUACCAGCAAGAGCGCCCCCCACGCCAUUCGCUCGGUCCUCCGAGUAGUCCUCACACAUCAUCGUUUCGUUUCAGUACUUGAAUUUCCUCGCCCGCCCGCAUCCUACUCAGCUGACUGCAGGCGCGCAGCGAACCGAAAUUUAGACCCUCUCAAGGCGCCACGUGGCGGCAGUGCGUCAUUUCGCGAGUUCCCUUUAAGGCGGCUUGCGGAUUAGCGCGAAUCCCAUGCCCUAACAGCAUCGCGAUCACAGUAAUAAAACCAUUGACACCGGCGCUACACUUAUAUGUACGCUCCAACUUGAAGCUCCGAGCUCUAUGGCGACGAAUUUCGUCUAUAGAGACUCCAAGCUCUCGGCUGCGGUGCUAUGGCGGCUUCUAGGCUCGUACUAGUAGUUGAGUACCAGACGAAUCGCUACUUGAGCUCAGCUUUCUCGCGGACAGGCCUGGCUGUUGUUACUCUUAAGAUUAUUAUUAUUAUUAUUUCCAGAAGGAUUCCGAACUGCCAGCGGCCAUGGAGUUUCCAGACGACGAGAGCCCGCUGUUUUAUCCCGCCGACGGAAUGCUGUCGGGUUCCGAACUGUUCCUAUCGUCAGCCUUAGAAAGCAGCGGUGCUUUGGUUCCCAGUCCCGAAUGGAUGCGAUGCGAUGUCGAACGACCUGCGGUGACUCUAGGUGACGCGAUGUGCGACGUGAUGGGCGACGUGAUGGGCGACGUGAUGCCCGAGCGCGUAGGGGAUGCGAGUCUCUGCGAGCGACAGCGGUCGCUUGACCCGCCGGUCGAGCUGCUGCCGUUUUGUCCCGACACGUUUGCCGGCUGCGGGGCCGCGCUGCUAGAGAGUACUCCGGAUUUCGAGCUUCCGUCUGCUAGAGAAUCCUGCGGAAACAUGUUCGCAGAGGUCGCCGCUCCUGUCAUCGCUGAGGGGUCGUCCAGAGGAGUCGCAGAGAGCUCGCGGAGUGUUCCACAAACGAAGGGUUGUACUGGCUUGGGGUCGACUGUAGCAGCGGAUGUGACAAUAGAGGAUCGGCGAGGGGAAGAAGCGAAGCUGACGUCUCGCCAACAGGACGGAACUAACGCCGCCGAUAACGGCGUUAACAACGACGACGGAGUCGGCGCUAAUGACGGCGUCACUGACGGCGCUAAAGACGGGUCGCGUCUGGGAGAGAGAGUUCAGGGUGGGGAGUCGAGCCGCAACCUUACUGAUUCAGAACCAAUCGCUGGCGACGCUAAACCUGUUGCGGAGCGACACGUGGAAUUUUCAGAUCCAUCCACACCGCAACAGACGGGAACAGCGACUCGAAUCAGCCUUUCCUCCUCCGCCCAUUUCACGCCGCUCUCCCUCCCUCCGCCAUCCCCGCUCUCCCUCCCCUCCGCCUCCCCGCGACCACUCUCCGCUUCCUCCCCGCUCUCACUCCCCCCUUCCACUCUCCCCUCCAUUUCUCUUCCCUCCUCCUCUCUCCCCCCUCCCUCCCCGCUCUCCCUCCCCUCCUCCUCGUCGCUCCCCCUCCCCUCCCCGUCCGCUCUCUCCCUUGCUUCCGCCUCCCCCUAUCUGCACUACCGCGGGGUGCGCCAGCGCCCGUGGGGAAAGUGGGCGGCGGAGAUUCGGGACUCCGCGAAGAGCGCGCGCGUGUGGCUGGGGACGUAUAACACGGAGGACGAGGCGGCUUUCGCGUACGACGCGGCGGCGCUUGCGAUUCGCGGGCCUCGCGCGAGAUUAAACUUCGAAGGGAGCCGCGAGUACGCGCCGCAAUUCGCGGAAGUUUUGGCAAAAAACGGCGGGAAAGUGGAUCGACGGCUGCAGAUCGCGCUGGGGAUCGAGACGAUGAGGCUGAUCAGGGAAGGCGCGGCGCAACACGUGGCGAGCUUACAGAGCGCCACGUCCGAGCUUUGCAGACCGUUCAGAGGGUUGAGGUCCCGGCGGAGGAGCGUGAAUGGGGGAAGGGGAAGCGCGGGGGGGAACCCGGGGGGAACUGCCCCGGGGACGAGUGCUGGUAGGGGGGCUGGCGGAAGCAUGGGGGGAGGCGGAAAUGUGUCGAAGAGAGAGGCGGAGCUUAGGGGGAACGUUUUAGCGGACGUUUCUAUGACGGCCGGCGGCGAUUUCAAAACUGAGCGGGGCGGGGAGAUGGUAAUUAGCGGAGAGGGGGGGAUGGUGCGGCAGCACGUGGAGGAACAAGAUAAAGAGGGGGAACUGAAGCAGGAAGAGCAGGGGCAACAGCAGUUGGGGCAGCAACAGCAGUUGGGGCAGCAACAAUCACACCAGCACCCGCAGCAGCAGCAGCAGCAACAGAACCCCCCCACAAAAGUUGAAGCUCAGAGCGAUAUGAUUGGUUUGGGGGAAAUUGAUCUUCUCUUUGCUGCCCGGAGGGGCCGUCUAAACAGCCAGAGCUGCCCUCCGAAUAUUCUCAACGAUUGGAUGGGAGCAGAUGACGAAAUGUUUUGGAGUGCCCUAGGCGAGGGCAGCGGGGGAGCGUUUUCGGGGAUGGGGGAGGGGGGAGGCAGCUACACCGGCGGCUGGGGCUCGGAUUCGGCUACAGUAACGGCAACUACAGUAACUGCGGGUACAGUAACUGUAAAUACAGCUGCUAAUGGUGCGUUUGCCACUGACGAGGGGGACACUGCAGGUGUUGGGGAGAGGGGAGUCGUGGUGUGUGGGGGGGGGGAGAGUGGAAAGAUUGAGUCAAGUGGUGGUGGGGAGGGCAGUAGUGGAGGGGGGAAAGCAGGAGGGGGAGAGGAGGAGGAGGAGGAGAAGGGGAGAGAGGAGGAUAUGAUAGAGUGGAUGCUGAACCAAGAAGCACCUGCAAGCUCGCUCCGCCUCGUUACGCCCCCUUCGGACACCGAUCAACGGCGCUCUAUCACUCCACCGAGCACUGUAGCAAGCACUGCACCUGCCAUUAUAUCUGGCAAUAAACCUGUCAGCGUUGCAAGGACUGGCUCCAGCAUGGGACCGAUUAUUCCAAGUAUACUCCUCGCAUCUAUAUUGGAGCAGAGGCAAGUUACCGGUGGAGUUAGAGCAAGUGAAACUCCUCAUAACGGAGCACCAGCAGCACCGGCUGUUACAUGCCCCAGCCCUUCUUCUCUGCGGUUACAUCUGCCAGAUCCUGCUCGUAUGGCAGUGAAACGGCCGCUUGAGUUUCACCUACACCCUUCUUCACCGUACACCACGACAACAACAGCUCGUAUCCCGCACGUGCCUCUGCCUCUGUCACCAGCAAUCCCAGCAUCCUCCCCCCGAGCAGGGCCCUUCCAACUGCUCCAAGCAUCCACGAACUCGCUUACAACACAGCAUCAGCCAGCUAAGUCAUUAUCAGCAGGCAAAGCAGCAGCAACAGCAGCAGCACAUACACCAGCAUCGUCACCAGCACAAGCAGCGCCACCAGCACCAGAGCCAACCCCAGCAGCAACUGCAUUCCGAGCAGCAGCAGCAGCAGCAAGAGGCCAAUCCCCUCAACAAGCACCACCAUACCGAGCAGCACCAUCCAGCAUGCAAGCAGCAGUGGUUUUUGAGUCGACUAAAAAACCAGCACCAUACCAUGCAGCACCCAGUAUGCAAGCAGCUGUGCCACAGCCUUGCACUGCUGCAGCACCCUCACCAUCCGCAGCACGCGUGCAACAGUCACCCAUAACUUAUCAGCAAAUGCCCAUGACUAGCCAGCAGCAGCAGCAAACACCUCGUGUGCAACAGCAACAGCAACAGCAACAGCAACAGCAACAGCAACAGCCUAUGUCUUACCAGCGGCAGCAAUUGUAUCCGUCAACAUCUGCCUUUGAGGCACCUCAGAAGCAGUCACCUAUGCCUUACCAACGGCAGCAGCAACAGCAACAGCAACAUCAACAGCAACAGCAGCAGCAGCAACAGCAGCAGCAACAGCAGCAGCAGCAACAGCAACAGCAACAGCAGCAACAGCAGCAACAGCAGCAGCCUGAACCUCCCCAUGAUCUGCCUCAUAUUCCCCCCACCCAAUCUCGCCUCAACCAUCCCCACCAUCCUCCCCUCCAGCAUCCUGCUCAAAACCCCGCACCUGCAUCCACCGGCCAAUCAGGUGCCUCCACGGGUUGCUGCUGCCAAUGCCACUGUCACAAGCCACACACUGCCCAACCAACGACUGCCGCAUCAGCACAGGAAAUCAACCCGUUGCUUCAGGCUGCCACUUCGGCACAGGAUAUAAGCCCGUUGCUUCAAGCGGCCACGUCAGCAGCAGCUGUGAUAUUGCAGUUAUCCCAGCGCUCCCUACACUACCAGCCAGCACCAGCACCAGCACCAGCACCAGCACCAGCACCAGCACCAGCACCAACACCAGCACCAGCAUCAGCUGCAGCACCCGCACUAGAAGCAGCAUCAGCACGUGGAACGUUGAAUCAGACGCCAUCCGCACAAGCCUCAAGUGCUCCAGUUGCUAGUCUUCAUAGCAGCCACUUUAGGGAGGCGUAGUAAGCUGUAGCCUACUAGUGCUAGUAGCAGCUAGUGCGGUCCAGCACAGGCAGAGUUUGCCUUGUGUAGACGUUCUUGUGCUUCGAUUUAAGAGGUUGCGGUUCAAACUUAAUAC